GCAGAGGUUAAUGAUUGAAAGGGUGCGGGCGCCAACAGGCAGCAGGGAGCGCUCACAGCCUCAGCGGUUCCCCGUCGCCCGGGACUCUCCUGAACAAGUUCUGGAAGUGGGGGCAGGCAGUCUGGGGAGACAGGACGCUCGCUGCACGACCGGCCUCCCGCCUUUCAACUGUCACCUCCCCCAGCAAAGUUCAACCCAACCCCCGCCUGACCCAUGCAGAAAGCGGGACUGCUGCUAGGUGGCUGGACUCGAGCGUGGAAGUUGGUGAGGAUGGCCAGCUCCGGAGUGAUUCGCCGAAACCCGCUCGCGAAUAAGGUGGCCCUGGUCACGGCCUCCACCGACGGGAUUGGCCUUGCCAUCUCCAGACGUCUGGCUGAAGAUGGGGCCCAUGUAGUCAUCAGCAGCCGCAAACAGGAGAAUGUGGACCGUGCAGUGGCAAAACUACAGGAAGAGGGGCUGAGUGUUUCUGGCAUCGUGUGCCAUGUGGGGAAGCCAGAGGAUCGAGAAAGGCUGGUAACCACG